UUCCGUGAUCGAGGCGCACAGUACCGCGUGCACCGUCUACCGCAACGCAACGCUCCGUAGACGAGCGCGCGCUGUCAAACCGUUCCCGCCAAUUAGCAAAUAUACCAUAGCAACAACCAUAAACAAUAGUGCAACCUGUUUACUGGAUUGUGUGUGAUGUUUGUGUUUUAAUUUUUUUUUAAUUGUACAAAAGUUAAAAAUCAAGAUGACUGCCGGAUCGGAAGAACACGAGCCUCUAAUUACCUCCUCUGUGGAUCAACAGCGGGUCACCUAUAAUAAUUCUCCACAGGAUGGAAACUCCCCAAGCGGCAGUCCUCGCAUCAGUGGUGGAGAAGUGACCCUGGCUAUACCACAGAACCGUAGUUAUGGCGCCAUCGGAGGCAUCGAGAAGGUCUCCUACACAUGGGCGGACAUUAAUGCGUUCGCAACAGAAACCAGGUCGAGGAACAAGAGAAUCUGGAACUUCUGGAGGAACUCGUCGGACAGAAUGUUCCAGCAGAGGAAGCAGUUGUUGAAAAACGUAAAUGGCGCAGCAUACCCCGGCGAGCUAUUAGCGAUAAUGGGAUCUUCAGGGGCCGGGAAGACUACGCUCCUCAACACGUUGACCUUCAGGACUCCAAGCGGCGUGGUCUCCAGCGGCACGAGGGCUCUGAACGGCCAGCCGGCUACGCCUGAAGCGCUGACAGCGCUCUCGGCGUAUGUACAGCAGCAGGACCUGUUCAUCGGCACUUUGACUGUGAAGGAACAUUUGAUAUUCCAGGCUUUGGUGCGGAUGGAUCGGCACAUACCUUACGCACAGCGCAUGCGCCGUGUUCAAGAGGUUAUAACAGAGUUGGCGCUAUCGAAAUGCCAGAACACAGUGAUCGGCAUUACCGGCCGGCUUAAGGGCAUAUCUGGUGGUGAAAUGAAGAGACUCUCGUUCGCCAGCGAGGUGCUCACCGACCCUCCGCUUAUGUUCUGCGAUGAACCGACCUCCGGUCUGGACUCGUUUAUGGCACAGAACGUUAUACAGGUUUUAAGCGGGCUCGCAAAGAAGGGUAAAACGGUUAUAUGCACGAUACACCAGCCUUCAUCAGAACUAUAUGCGAUGUUCGACAAGCUACUCAUCAUGGCCGACGGGCGUGUUGCGUUCCUUGGCUCACCUGAUCAAGCCACAGACUUCUUUAGGGAACUAGGCGCAGCGUGCCCCGCGAACUAUAACCCGGCGGACCACUACAUCCAGCUGCUGGCGGGCGUGCCGGGCCGCGAGGAGAGCACGCGGCACACCAUCGACACCGUGUGCAGCGCCUUCGCCAAGUCCGAGAUCGGCUGCAAGAUAGCGGCGGAAGCGGAGAACGCGCUUUUCAAUGAACGCAAGAUAUCGAAGGGCUGGGCGGACUCCGCGUGGUCGAACGCGGCGGCGUUCCGCGCGCGCCGCUCGCCGUACAAGGCGUCGUGGUGCGCGCAGUUCCGCGCCGUGCUCUGGCGCUCGUGGCUCUCCGUCACCAAGGAGCCCAUGCUCAUCAAAGUGCGCUUCUUGCAGACUGUCAUGGUUUCAAUUCUAAUCGGUUUGAUAUAUUUCGGGCAAAAUCUGGAUCAAGAUGGCGUCAUGAACAUCAACGGUGCUAUCUUCCUCUUCCUCACUAACAUGACUUUCCAGAACAUUUUCGCCGUCAUCAAUGUAUUCUGCUCCGAGCUACCGAUAUUCAUCCGCGAGCACCACUCGGGGAUGUACCGCGCGGACGUGUACUUCCUGUCGAAGACGCUCGCUGAGGCGCCCGUGUUCGCGACCAUCCCGCUCGUCUUCACCACCGUCGCGUAUUACAUGAUCGGCCUCAACCCGGCGCCGGAGAGGUUCUUCAUCGCGUCUGGCUUGGCUGCGCUGAUCACCAAUGUUGCUACUUCCUUUGGUUACCUGAUAUCGUGUGCAAGCAGCAGUGUCAGCAUGGCGGCAUCCGUCGGCCCGCCCAUCAUCAUACCGUUCAUGCUGUUCGGUGGUUUCUUCCUCAAUUCUGGUUCGGUGCCUCCAUACCUUGGCUGGAUAUCGUACCUCUCUUGGUUCCGCUAUGGCAACGAAGCGCUGUUGGUGAACCAGUGGACUGGAAUCGAGAGUAUCGCCUGCACGAGGGAGAACUUCACCUGCCCGGCUUCAGGGAAAGUCGUCCUGGAUACGUUGAGUUUCUCUGAGGAUGAUUUCAAUAUGGACGUGAUAAACAUGGUGCUGCUGUUUAUAGGAUUCAGAUUCCUCGCUUACCUGGCACUGUUGUGGCGCACGCGCAGGGGAAAAUAAUUUCAAACGAUUUUCAAUUUGAUCCGAUUUAACUGUACGCAAUUACGAAAUCAUGAUUGCUGCGAAAGCUUUAUAUUAAAAUCGGAUUUAUAGUUAAAUUGGAUAAGUCGUAAAGAAAUAUAAAUUUCUUCUAGAAAUUACGAUUUUUUAAAUAGAAUGUGGACCAAUGUAAUGGAUUUAGUUCUGUAUCGUACGUCUGUGUGUAUGAUGUCAUGUUUCUUUCAAAAAUUUUUAUUUGAAAGAGGAAAUUGUAAAAAUACAUUUCUUUGUAUGCACUCGUAUGAACUUUUAAUAAUAAUUUGAAUAAUGUUUUGCAUUUUUAUAAGGAACAUUGCGAUUCUAGUGUAUAACACAUAGUAUAAUGAUCGAUUAUAAUAAUCUGAAAAUACGAAUUAAUAAUUUACUAUUAACAUGAAAUUAAUUAUUUGCCAAUUAAUGUAUCAAGCGCAUUACUUUUUGUACUGUAAUUUUUGUUAUCUUUUCUAUACUCUGUACAAACAUCUUAUGUUGAUUUCUGUAUAAACCUAGUGUUUAUUUAGUCUUUUAUAGAUAUGUGUAUAUUGCUUGCAACGAAUGAGAAAGUUCGAUCGAAUUUAAACGAUUACUGUUUAUCCUUUACUAUAAAUGAAAUACAUUCCUGCAAUGCCAUUUUAUACUGUUUUAGUUUGUUAUUAUUUUAUUAAAAUAUUUUAAUA